AAGACGGCAAGAAGGAGCCGCAGCAGAGAGAGUUUGCCCGCUGAGCAGCAGACGUCGCUCUUCAGCCAGGCCGGAUUCCUCUGCUUACGCUUCCCUUGGGAGUCCAGCGUGGACGCUCUACUUACAAUGGAAAUUGGGACCUCAAGGUGAAGCAUCUCUGCCUAUGGCAUCACUGCUCAUGAGAUGGACUAAACUGCCAACACACAGGCGAAAGCAGUCAAAAGCAAGACGUCCAUAUUUUCAGUCAUUUUGCAUCUGUGCCGCUGUAAUAUUUUGAGGAAGGAAGUAAUCGCCCUGCCUUUGGAUCCUGACCAUUUCCCACACCCAUCAAGAAGCCUGCCUCCCUCUCCCACAUCAAACUUGUGGCAGUUCAUCGAAGGAGGGAAAGCAAGGCAGUGUACGACAAUCUUCUUCCGACGUCAUGGGCUUUGCACUCCUGUUUAGUUUACUGCUCAUACAACAUUUUAAUCAGGAUGGACCAGCUGGGAAGAAGUAUGCCUGUUUUGUGCAGAGGUCCUCCGAGCGCCUUCCUCAAGGCACCAAGGGCAUCUCCAUCUUGCUGAAAGCAAUGGGACAGGCAGCGAUGCGAGAGGAGCUCAUCUGGAACCAGACAGUGGCGGUUUUCCAGUGCUCUGAUGCCCAUGGCCCCGUGCAGGUGCAUCUCAUCGUUUCGGAGGUAAUGCACAGAGGCAGCCCGGAAGCUCGGCCUCUUCUCCAGAGCCUGAAACUGAUUGCUGAUCAAGAUACAGAGGACUGUGCGGGGACGUGCUGCCUGGAGCCAGCAGACCAUCAAGGAAGCCUCCAGAGCCAGGCAGAAGUCCACGUGACAGGGAAAGCACUUUUGCCGGGGGCGUCCAACUGCGCCAUCAGCAGCCCCCUGACCAAGAGCGGGGGGGCUACAGGGAGAGCCACCAACGGAACCAGCGACAGCAGACCCUGCGAAGCAGACGAACUGAGAAACCGGAAAAAGAAAGCCAUCUUCUUCAAAGUCCUCAUCCUGUCUGCCCUGGUGCCCGUCAUGCUGGCCAUCCUCAUGUUUGUGAUAUGCAAAGUGCCCUGCCUGUUUCCGUGUUUCCGUUGCAUGCUGAGAAGCAAGAUUGUACAAAAGAGAUUCACAACAGGCAAGGAGAAGAAGAAAGAAGCAGACACAGACCUGGCCACACCUGGGACAUCUACAAUGGUCUGGCGACACCGUUCAGUCAUGCUUUCCCCAUCCAACUGGAGAGGCCUUCUAAUCAGAAGAGUGCCUCAGUGCAGGCAUUAGACACAUAACGUGUUAAUGUCACUUCCAGGCCUGCACUAACUCCACUUCUGGGGGCCCACACAAACUGCUGGCCGGCCCUGUCCCCACCGCAUAACGGCCGUUGGGGGGGGGAGAUAUUUAACGUGCACCCGACACCCCCCGCAAAGCCCUUCAGGUCUGGGCUCCAAAAUGUCCUAGGUGUGUCUCUGAGGCUGGAGGUGGCCUAUAGCCACCAGACUAGUAACCAUUGAUAGCCCUUGUCUAAGCCCCCUUUAAGGGCUUAGUGGCUAUCACCACAUCCUGAGGCAGAGAAUUCCAUAGAUUAAUCACGUGCUGUGUGGAAAAGCAGUUCCUCCUGUCAGUCAUAGAUUUCCUGGCAAUCAGUUUCACGGGAUGACCCUGGUUCUAGUGCUCCCCCCCCACCGCACCCAGUCCUGCACUAAAUUUAUGUGGACCUAUAGAGUCCCAUUUAUACCGUAACAAUACUGCUAAAUUUGCCAACCAUGUCAACACAAGUUUCCCCUU